UCAAUGAAGAGAUGAGAAUGACGUAUCAAGGUACGUCCAGAUCAUAAAAAGGUUGGAAAAAAGUGCUCGUAAAUGUUAUGCAGAACCUUUUAGUCUUACCGAAGAUGCAUUUGUAGAAAUGUUGCUUCUUGAUGGUUGCUUUAUUGUUGAGUUUAUAUGGAAAUUGAAUGAACGGCCAUUUGGUUAUCAAUGCCCUUUUUUUGGGUCGGAUCAUAUGUUCAAUGCAUUAAUGCUUGACCUGUUAUUAAUUGAAAAUCAACUUCCAUUCUUCAUACUUUCGGAGUUGUUUGUGACGAGCACUGCGAUUCCAGACCGAGAAUUCUUCAUUGAGUUGAUUCUGGAUACCCAUAAGGGUUUUCUACCAGGCCCAGAGUACGAUCCAAUUCAUGAGUACACUUUAGAAGAGAUGAUGCCAAUCAAGAAUCUACUGGGAUUAAUACAUGACAACUGCCGACCUUCCCCUGCAAGAAUGGAGGCUUAUUUUGAAAAUAUAAGAAAUGCGGAAAUACGCUAUGCCUUAGAGAUCAAAGAGGCAGGGAUUAAGUUCAAGAGUGUUGAGGGAUGUAACUUGUUCAAUAUAAAGUUUCAAAACGGAACAAUUGAAAUCCCAAAAAUAGAAAUUGCAGAUGAUACAGAGUGUGUCUUGCGAAAUCUCAUUGCCUAUGAACAGUUAACUUCUUCCCGAAGUCCAACUAUUUUACUGAUUAUAUGA